CAAUGCCUUUGUCCACAAUAUCUCAGAGUCAAGAUGAGCAAUAUGUUCUGUUAGCCAUUUUGGAUAACGCUCGCAAUCUCUCCAACAUACUGAAAGCCAUCACCUGCAAGGACCACGCCAUCUUCACAGCAACAGCAAAUGGCCUGAAGGUCACAGUGGAGGAUAGCAAAUGCAUGCAAGCAAAUGCUUUCAUUCAGGCAGAUGUCUUUCAAGAGUUCACAUUAAAAGAAGACUUGGUUGUUUUUCAAAUUAACCUCACUGUUCUUCUCGACUGCUUGAACAUCUUUGGAGGAAACACAGCAGCAGGAGUAUCAACAGCUCUACGGUUGUGCUACAGGGGGUAUGGUCAUCCUCUGACAUUGUUCCUGGAGGAAGGUGGCGUAGUGACUGUCUGUAAAAUUAAUACACAGGAACCAGAAGAACCAAUUGAUUUUGAGUUCUCCAGCUCCGAUGUUACAAACAAGGUCAUUCUACAGUCAGAGAGUCUAAAGGAAGCCUUCUCUGAGCUGGACAUGACUAGUGAGGUGCUGCAGAUCACCAUGUCCCCCAGUCAGCCGUACUUCAGGUUGUCAACAUUUGGAAACUCUGGAAAUGCGCAUUAUGACUACCCUAAGGAUUCGGAUAUGAUGGAGCUUUUUCAGUGCAACAAAACGCAAACCAAUAGAUACAAGAUGUCCUUACUCAAACCAUCCACCAAAGCUUUGGCAAUAUCCUGUAAAGUGUCAGUGAGGACAGACAGCAGAGGGGUCCUCUCUCUACAGUAUCUGGUCAGGAACGAUGAUGGACAGAUCUGCUUUGUGGAGUAUUUCUGUUGUCCCGAUGAGGAGGUGGAGGAGGAGUAACAGCUGAUUUGGUCUGACCUUUUGUAAUACAGCUGCAAAUUUAACAGCUCAUCUGACCUCACUAUUAAGAGGUUCCGUUGUUGCAGAAAAAGAUUUAACUCCAGCCUUGCCAUGAAUGAUCUUCCUGCUAAUAAAAAAUAUAUAGUUUGGAAAAUCCAACAUUGGAUUUAUAAACGGCAAGGAAGGAUUUCUGUUAACCUUGAGAAGGACUUUUCCUCCACCCUCAUUUUUUCAGGCAACU